UUAUAAUAAUUCAAGACCGCCAUAACCUUUCGCGUCUUUGAUCGCCCAAGUAAAAACUUCUGUUUCACGUUUUCAUAUAUUGACUUGGGUUGUAUCGCAAUAACACGCGGCUGAUAUUGAAUAAGAACCUCUAUUAUCCUUAAUCGCGGCGAGAAUUCUAUAAGUCAUGCUGCCUCCAACCGUAAUUAGAACUUGCCCUUCGGCAGACAACGACUUUCAGCCCUUAAGUGAAUAUCAAGCUCAAACCCCAGAUACCUUCUUCGAUGGGAAGCCCAUCCUAUAUUAUCACGACGAACAUGUCAAGGCGUGGGUCUCGAACGAGCAAUAUGAAGCUCUAUAUAUCUUUUCAAAAGGUUCCGAGGACGGCCUCACACCCCUAAAUCCUAGUCCGCCAGAAUGCUAUGCGCUCGAGAACAACUGGGGAAAGCAUUUAUUCGAAGAGAAGGUCGAGUUAUUCGUUGCAUCAAACAAGUUGACACUUUUCUCUCACAAGAGUGGAACUGGUAUUGAGAUUCCUUACCCGGCCAUCACACUCCACGCCAUCAAGAAUUUCCGCCAUGUAGAGAAACCGGAUGAGGCUUCGUCUAAAUUCAUCGGAGUUUACAUGCAGCUCGAGUUCUCGAACUCGGGUGGAGAGGACGAUGAAAUCUCCGACCCCAUCGAGCUCACGCUUAUCCCGUACAAGGCAUCACCAAGAGAGCAAUCUGAAACGGAGACCCCAAUUAUCGACCCCUUGAACAGUGAGCGUGCUACUGCGUUAUUCAACCAGGUCUCGGCGUGCUCAAAUCUACACCCUGAUCCCCACGAGGAGGAAGAUGAAGAGGAUGAUGGAAAUGAAUUCGACCGCAUCGUGUUCGAGGGCAAUGUGGAAGGAGAUGCGAUUGAGGGACUACCUGGUGCCUUUAGGGGAGACCUCAACGGUGGUCUGCCGCCUCCAAUGCCGGGAAGCUCCGGCUGGAUUACCGCCGAUAAUGUCAACCAAUAUUUCGAUCAAGACGGUAAUUGGAUCGGGGGAAAUGGUGUGAGCGGCGAACUCGGAGAUGGUGCAGGUCGCGUCCGAGGACAUGUCGAAGUAGAUCAGGAUGCCAUGGAUGGAGUGGAAAAUGGCGAUGGUGCCGACUCGAAACGUCCGCGAACCGAAUAAGCGAGCCGUACAUGGAAACCAAGCGCCCAACCGAGCUCGCGAGUAUGUACUUUCGGGCUGCCUGGUAUUCGGGACGACUUACGAUUCGUGCUACCAUCCGAGCACAUGUGUGAUAAUUUAAUGCAGUCCGUUCGUAGUUUACGAUGUUAAACAAAGCUUCAUACCUUGGCUAGGAUAGAUAGAUACCCCUUU